AUGGACAUUCAACCAACUUCCUCUAACUCAACACCAAUCCAAAGAUCCCACCAACAUUUUCAAAAAUACUCGCGCGAUUCGAGUAGAGUUGAACAAAUGAAUGAUAAACGGCGUCCAGCUCCACCACCUUAUAUGGGACAACCAAUUCCACGUGUCAAACCGAUUCAUGUGAAAAAGGAGAUUGGGAAUAAUAAUAGUGUGGGAAAGGUGAGGAUUUCAGAUUUCUGAAAUAAUUUUUAGAAUUCUCUAGAAGUUCAGAGAUCAAAAUUCCAAAAUUUUUCUAGAGCUCAAGUCGACGCUACGAUACAUUUGGUGAAAACGCAUUAGAAACAAUUUACGAUCAAUUCAAAUUUCUCGACGAAUCCGAAGAACCUUCACAAACUCCUUCUUCUUCCUACAGUACUCGCCCAAUUAUUGGGCCAACAAGAGAGCAACAGAAGUGAGUUGGCACUUUGAUCCACCAAAUUUAGAGCUAAAACAAAAAAUCAAUAAUUUUUCUAGAAAACCACAAAGUCGUGCACUUCUUGUUUAUUGUCUUCUCCCUACAAUUGAACUUUUGGCAGCAAUUGCGAUCCUGGUUUGCACUUUUUUCCGAACACGAAAAACAUCAAGUGAUUCUUCCUCAACUUCGAAAUCAUCCGAAGCUUUAACCGGUUUAGAAUUCCAAACCGCAAUCUCAUCAAUAGUUCCCGCAAUAUCCCAAAUAAUCACAGCAACCUUCGGAUUUUGGCCAAUAGUCGCGUCUCGAACUCGCCGAGCCGCUCGAAUCCUUCACAUCGCCUUCUGCUCGCUAACAAUUCUUCUGUGGUUUUCAGCACUUGGCGAUGAGUUCCUGAGAAUCUCACUCGUUCACAUUUUCGGUGCCAAUGAUGAGAAAUAUGUUACUGAAUUGAUAAUCGCAAUUUUCGCCUAUUUUGCCACAAUUAUUUUGCCAUUUACAACGUUAUCGAUCGCCGCAUUCAAUUGUUGUCUAUUUUCAAAAUGUCGAAAAUCAAUGACUUCGAUUACUUUUGCUUUGGGAGUUUUGCUAUUUUCAAUGGCAACUACUGUAAUCGCAAUUUUCACAGCGCAAGCUAAUCUGAAUUCUCCAAAAGAUGUGUAAGUUUUAAAUUUAAAAUUGCCGCCACGAAUUGGUGUGUGCAAACACUAUUGCUUACAGUAUUGUCAAAGUUGAAAAAAAGAAAAAUUUGAAUUGAAUUCGUCAGUCGCGUGCGGCUGUGCGUUGCGGUCGGGAAACAAUCAAUAAUUCAUUUUCACCAGUUUUAGUAUAAAACUAUCGAAAAUCAACUGAAAUUAUGUUACUUGUACUAAAAAAACAACAAAAAAAAACGUGAAUAAAAAAUUUUCGAAAAACAAAAACAAGAAAUUUUUUUUUCAAAAGUAAAAAUGGAAGUGCGCCCUAUUGAUAAAAAUUGGUUUUCUCGCGGUCUCUCAAAAAUUUGUGUGUUUCGUCGUUGCUGUUUUAUUAUAAGACUAAAAGGGUGUGGUUUCUCGACCGCGACGCACAGCCGCACGCGACUGACGAAGUAAUGUUUUUUCAUUCUAUAUUCUACGUUGGUCACAUUUUUUAACUUUGACAGUAGACUUUGAACUUUCAAUAUUUUGAUUUUUAAAGUUCCAAGCGUUUGUGGUUGGCACCUUAAAAUUUAAAUCGUGCUGAAACUACAGUAAUCCUUGCAGUUCCGAUUCCUCCUCUCUCUAUGCAUACGGUUUGAAAGAAUCUCUAAUAUUCGUGUUCGUCGUGCUAACUUCAAUAUUUUCUCUAAUAGUCUCCACUCAACAAAAUCGUCCGUUAAUGAUUGGCGGAGCAAUUGGUCAAGGGUAAACUUUUUCCCUUUGUAAAACUUUUCAAAAAAAACACGUUUUCUUUUCUAGAAUCUCGCUGACAGCCGUGACAACCGAAUUAUUCACCUCCGAGCAAAUCGCGGCAAUCGUCAGCGAGUUCAAGAACUUCUCCGAGGCUGGUACAACCAUCGAAAUCGGUAUUAUUUUAUUAAAUGGCUGCGCGAUUGCCACGUGUCUUUUACUUGUGAUACAAUUGACGAUAUUUCUAAUAGCAGUUACGGAGCCGAUUCAUUUUUUAUCGGCAAGAUCGACGAGUUCACUGAUGAUUGAUAAUAAUCGGAAUCCGGCGCCUCUUGAAAGAACAGCCUUUUGA